AUUCGCGAGUAGUACGCAUCGAAGACCCAUAGCUUAUACCAAAAACAGUAUUUUUUUGGGGUUCACACAUUAAUUAUAAGAGAUUUUAAUUUAUUUCGAAUAUAAAAAUGUAUUGUUUAAAAUAAAGUAUAAUAUCGUGAGUGUGUGUCUAUGUAUAUCUAUAUAUGUGUUCAAAUUUUACGAGUGCGCAGUAUCUACUCCAAUACUGAUGUGUAUGGAUUAAGAAUUUACUGAUUUUUGGUUUCUGCGAAUGACACUCUGCAAACAGAUACUCAAUGUGGAAGCCAGCUGUCGUCUUUCUGCUGUUCGCAGCGCUUGUCAGUCAACUGGAUAGUACAGUAACAGAAUAUCCACCACUUUUCGAAGACUUAUAUAAUUACCUACUGCAAGGCUUCGACUAUGUUAAACGUCAGACUCGAGACGAACGAUACGAGUUGAAGGAAUAUGAUUUCAUCAUUGUCGGCGCUGGUUCCGCCGGAGCAGUAGUGGCCAAUCGACUGUCAGAAGUGUACGCAUGGAAUGUAUUGUUGAUCGAAGCCGGCGAAGAAGAACACUUCGUGAUGGACAUCCCUCUGCUAGCAAACAUGUUACAGUUCACCCAUGCUAAUUGGAAAUACAAAACAAUGCCCUCCGAUAAUUACUGUUUAGGUCAUGAAAAUGGGCAAUGCAAUUAUCCAAGAGGUAAAGUAAUGGGAGGUUCAAGCGUACUUAACUAUAUGAUAUAUACAAGGGGCCACAAAAAAGAUUAUGAUGGCUGGGCCAAUGCAGGAAAUGUUGGGUGGAAUGCAGAUGAAGUACAAAAAUAUUUUCUUAAAUCAGAAGAUGCAAAUAAUAUCACGCUUCGAGAUUAUGGUUUCCAUAAUGAGGGAGGAUUCCUUUCAAUAUCAGAAUCACCAUACAAAAGUAUGUUAGCCAAGUCAUUUGUUCAAUCCGGAUAUGAACAUGGAUAUCCUGUAAGAGAUUUAAAUGGAAAAAGUCAAAUAGGUUUUAAUUUUCACCAAUUGACAAUGAAAAACGGAUUAAGACAUAGUACCAAUGUAGCAUUUCUUCAUCCGAUACGCAAACGAAAAAAUUUAUAUAUAAAAAAAAAAAGUCACGUAACUCGGAUACUGUUUGAUACAAUUGGCCGUACAGCAAUUGGAGUAGAAUAUCAGAAAGGAAACAAAAAAUAUAGAGUGUUUGCACGCAAAGAAGUUAUUAUUUCAGCUGGAGCAAUAAAUUCUCCACAACUACUUAUGUUGUCAGGGAUCGGACCAAAAGAUCAUUUAAUAUCUAAAGGUAUUGAUGUUUUACGCGAUCUACAAGUAGGUCGUAAUCUGAUGGAUCAUGUAGCAUUAGGUGGUUUAACAUUUAUUGUAAACGAUACGAGUUCAAUAAAAACGAGAAGGGUUUUGGAAAAUGCCAACAAUUUGCAUAAUUUCCUAAAAUAUCACACGGGGCCUAUAUCAAUACCCGGAGGGACCGAAGCACUAGCUUUUUUUGAUUUAAAUCGUCCUAAUGAUGUUGAUGGUCAUCCCGAUCUCGAAUUAUUAUUUAUAAAUGGAGCGGUGAGCUCAGAUGAAACACUUAAAAAAUCAUUUGGCAUUAAGGAUGACGUAUAUAAUCGUGUUUUUAAAAAUACAGAACAAAAAGAAUCUUAUAUGAUAUUUCCGAUGAUUAUGAGACCAAAAAGCAAAGGAUGGCUAGAAUUAAAAGACCGUAACCCAUUUCGAUACCCAGCAAUUUACCCAAAUUAUUUUGCUGAUGAAAGAGAUCUGAAUGUUAUAGUGGCAGGUGUAAGAAUAAGUGAGCAAUUAACACAAAUGAAUGCCUUGAAACGUAUUGAUGCAAAAUUAUGGAAAGAGUCCAUACCAGGUUGUGAACAUUUACAAUUUGACUCAGACGUUUAUUGGAAGUGUGCAGCCAGACACCUAACAUUUACCAUAUAUCAUUUGUCUGGAACAUGUAAAAUGGGACCAAUAGGAGAUCCUACAGCUGUGGUUGAUCCAAGAUUAAGAGUUCAUGGGUUUAAAGGAUUAAGAGUUAUUGAUGCCUCAAUUAUGCCUGAAAUUAUAUCUGCGCAUACUAAUGCACCUACUAUCAUGAUUGGUGAAAAAGGAUCAGAUCUAAUAAAAGAAGAUUGGGGUAUUAUCAUUUAAGUUUGGAUGUAUAAACAAAAUAGAAAAGCCAUUGUCUGUGAUAAAAAAUAAAAUAAUUGUAUUAAUAAUAAUUUAUUUUAUAAUGUGUAUUAAAUUUUUAAUUUAAUUGUAAAUGUUUUAAGAGACACUUUGUAUUAUAUAAUAUUUUUAUAUUUUUUGAUACAUGUUUUUAUUUUUACAAUAGAAUUAUCAUAAUAUAUAUUUUUAGAAAAUUUAAAAAGGCUGGUUGAGUUAAUAAAGUAAACCUUCUAAAAAAUUGAAAACAUAUAUUUACCAUUUCUGCGUUAAAUAAUGUAUACUGUUACUAUAAAUACUCG